GUUGAUUAUAUGAGCCACCCAGUUGGACACUUUCCAACACCCUUCUAUGCUUUGCUUCAUUUACCUUUCAGUGGCGUCUUCUCGAAGCCCAAAAAGCUUGAGAGGUGAUACUGGUGAGAGUAAAGCAUAGAGGAGACAUUUUGUAUGGUUUGAUCCGAAGUUUUCUUACAACAAAAUGUCUUCUGUUACUUGGAUGACGACCCUUUCGUGUUCAAGCUCUGUGAUACAAUCCUCGGAGGAAAUAUCUGUAUUGCCCAUGAUCCAAUGGCUAAGAUUCAUCUCUCUCUCUCCAUGUCCUCAGAGAGCUCUCUUGUCUUGUGUUGAUGUCCUCCUUUUGUUGGCUCUCUUGGUGUUUUCAAUUCAAAAGCUCUAUUAUAGAUUCAUUUCCAAUGGCCAAAACAGUUCUGGCAUCAACAAGCCUCUCAUUAGAAGCAAUAGAGCUCUUAUAAGAAACAAUAUUUGGUUUAAGCUUUCUGUGAUUGUGACUGGUCUGUUAGCUUUGUCUUAUAUAAUUUUAUGUAUUUUAGCCUUAGGUAGAAGUACCCAAUUGCCAUGGAAGCUAGUAGAUGGGUAUUUUUGGUUAAUUCAAGCAAUAACUCAUGUUGUGAUUACAGUCUUGAUUGUCCAUGAGAAAAGAUUCCAAGCUGUUACCCAUCCAUUGUUGCUUCGAAUUUAUUGGGUUGCAAACUUUUUCAUCAUCUCUUUGUUCACCACCUCAGGAUUGAUUCGUCUAAUCUCUCUCAAGGAAUCUGAUCCCGAUUUGAGAUUAGAUGAUAUAGUUUCAUUCAUUAGUUUUCCAUUAUCCCUAGUUCUUCUUAUUGUUGCCAUUAGAGGAUCAACUGGGAUUGUAGUCACUAGCGAAUCCGAUUCAUUAAUGGAUGAAGAAGUCAAAUUGUAUGAACCCCUAUUGGAGAAAUCCAAUGUGACUGGCUUUGCUUCAGCUACUACAAUCUCAAAAGCCUUUUGGUUUUGGAUGAAUCCCCUAUUAAGUAAAGGUUAUAAAUCCCCCCUCAAAAUUGAUGACAUCCCGACUCUUUCACCAGAUCAUAGAGGUGAGAAAAUGUCAGAGCUCUUCGAGUCGAAUUGGCCUAAGCCUAGUGAGAAAUCGAAUCACCCUGUUCGAACCACAUUGUUCCGCUGCUUCUGGAGGGAAAUUGCAUUCACUGCCUUCCUUGCAAUUGUGCGGCUUUGUGUCAUGUAUGUCGGGCCUGUUCUGAUCCAAAGCUUUGUCGAUUUCACCUCUGGAAAGAGGAGCUCCCCUUAUGAAGGAUACUACCUUGUACUGACUCUCCUUGUUGCCAAAUUUGUGGAAGUUUUGACCACACACCAAUUCAACUUCAAUUCUCAAAAGCUUGGAAUGCUCAUUAGGUCCACCCUUAUUACUUCCUUAUACAGGAAGGGUCUGAGGUUAUCGUGCUCUGCUAGGCAGUCUCAUGGGGUUGGACAGAUUGUAAAUUACAUGGCAGUCGAUGCUCAGCAGCUCUCUGAUAUGAUGCUGCAGCUACAUGCCAUAUGGCUUAUGCCAUUGCAAGUUGGUGUUGGCUUGGUCCUUUUAUAUAUUAACCUCGGAGCCUCAACGGUUACUGCAUUACUUGGACUUGCAGCAGUAUUCAUUUUCGUUAUUAUGGGAACUAAAAGGAAUAACCGGUUCCAAUACAAUGUAAUGAAAAACCGAGAUUCAAGAAUGAAGGCCACAAAUGAGAUGCUUAACUACAUGCGGGUAAUCAAGUUCCAAGCAUGGGAAGAACACUUCAACAAAAGAAUUCAAUCUUUUCGUGAAUCAGAGUUUGGGUGGCUAAGCAAGUUCAUGUACUCCGUGGCUGGGAAUAUUGUUGUGUUGUGGAGCACACCGGUGUUUGUGUCCGCCAUCACAUUUGCCACUGCACUUUUGUUUGGGGUUCCACUUGAUGCAGGAACUGUGUUCACCACAACAUCACUCUUUAAGAUAUUGCAGGAACCAGUCAGGACCUUCCCACAAUCUAUGAUCUCAAUCUCGCAAGCAAUGAUAUCACUGGGGAGGUUGGACAGAUAUAUGAUAAGUAAGGAGUUGGUGGAUAAGUCAGUAGAGAGAGAGGAAGGUUGUGGUGGUACAAUUGCUGUGGAGGUGAAAGAUGGAUUUUUUAACUGGGAAGACGAAGGCGGGGAAGAAGUGUUAAAAAAUUUAAAUUUGAAAAUCAGAAAAGGUGAACUUGCAGCUAUUGUUGGUACUGUUGGAAUGGGGAAGUCUUCUCUCCUGGCCUCAAUUCUUGGCGAGAUGAACAAAAUAUCUGGGAAGGUCAGAGUUUGUGGUACCACUGCCUAUGUUGCACAAACAUCAUGGAUUCAAAACGGGACCAUUCAAGAGAACAUCUUGUUUAGUUUGCCAAUGAACACAGAGAGAUACAGGGAAGUUAUCAGGGUCUGCUGCUUGGGGAAGGACUUGGAAAUGAUGGAGUAUGGAGAUCAGACUGAAAUUGGAGAGCGUGGUAUCAACCUCAGUGGUGGCCAGAAGCAGCGGAUACAGCUAGCUAGAGCUGUUUAUCAAGAUUGUGAUAUCUAUCUUCUUGAUGAUGUUUUUAGUGCCGUUGAUGCUCACACGGGGUCUGAAAUAUUCAAGGAAUGUGUGAGGGGAGUCCUCAAACAUAAGACCAUUUUACUUGUGACUCAUCAAGUUGACUUCUUGCACAAUGUUGAUCUUAUCUUAGUCAUGCGAGAUGGAAUGAUCGUGCAAUCAGGAAAGUACAAUGAGCUACUAGAAUUUGGCCUGGAUUUCAAGGCACUAGUAGCUGCUCAUGAGACCUCCAUGGGACUAGUGGAAGUAGGGACCGACAUGCCAGGAGAAAGUUCCCCUAAACAACCAAAAUCUCCCCAAGCACCUUCCAACCAUGGGGAAGCAAAUGGUGAAGGCAAAUUCCUAGAACGAGCCGAAUCUGCUAAGGGGACUUCUAAGCUCAUCAAUGAAGAGGAGCGAGAAACUGGUCGAGUCAGCUUAAAUGUUUACAAACAAUAUUGCACGGAGGCUUUUGGAUGGUGGGGUGCAGUGAUGGCAUUGCUAAUAUCUCUAUUAUGGCAGGCAUCUUUAAUGGCAAGUGAUUACUGGUUGGCGUAUGAAACUUCAGAAAAGCGUGCCAUAUCAUUUGAUCCAUCUCUAUUCAUUCGUAUUUAUGCACUGAUUGCAGCUGUUUCAUUUGUGCUGGUUCUGAUACGAACUAUUCUUUUUACGGUCUUGGGGCUUAAGACUGCCCAAAUUUUCUUUAGCCAAAUCCUUCACUGCAUCUUGCAUGCGCCUAUGUCAUUCUUUGAUACCACACCUUCAGGAAGAAUCCUAAGUCGGGCAUCAACUGAUCAGACCGACAUUGAUAUCUUCCUCCCAUUCUUUAUGAACCUUACUGUUUCCAUGUACAUCACAGUGCUCAGCAUCAUCAUUGUCACAUGUCAGAAUGCUUGGCCAACAGCAUUCCUUAUAAUUCCACUUGGUUGGCUAAAUUUCUGGUAUCGGGGAUAUUAUAUCGCAACAUCUCGUGAAUUGACUAGACUCGACUCUAUUACAAAAGCUCCCAUGAUUCAUCACUUCUCAGAAAGCAUAUCAGGGGUCAUGACAAUUCGCUGUUUCAGGAAGCAGGAACAGUUUAGCCAGGAGAAUAUUAACAGAGUGAAUGCAAAUUUGCGUAUGGAUUUCCACAACAAAGGAUCCAAUGAGUGGUUGGGCUUCCGUUUGGAACUAAUUGGAAGCUUGAUCCUCUGCAUUUCCACGUUGUUCUUGAUCUUGUUGCCAAGUAGUAUUAUAAAGCCAGAGAAUGUUGGCUUAUCUCUCUCAUAUGGCCUGUCCCUCAAUGGUGUGAUGUUCUGGUCCAUAUAUAUGAGCUGCUUAUUGGAAAAUAAAAUGGUUUCCGUUGAGAGGGUAAAACAGUUUACAAGAAUUCCAUCAGAAGCAGAAUGGGAGAAAAAAGAUUGUCUUCCUUCUCCACAUUGGCCCACCCAUGGCAAUGUUGAGCUCAAGGACUUGCAGGUUAGAUAUCGUCCUAACACCCCUCUGGUUCUUAAAGGCAUUACCCUCAACAUUCAAGGAGGUGAGAAGAUUGGUGUGGUUGGUCGAACGGGGAGCGGAAAAUCGACUUUAAUCCAGGUUUUCUUUAGGUUGGUGGAGCCCUCGAGAGGGAGAAUAAUUAUCGAUGGUAUUGACAUUUCCAUGCUAGGGCUUCAUAAUCUUAGGUCUCGCUUUGGGAUCAUCCCUCAAGAACCUGUCCUUUUCGAAGGAACUGUGAGAAGCAAUGUUGACCCGAUAGGACAGUAUUCAGAUGAAGAGAUCUGGAAGAGCCUUGAACGUUGCCAACUUAAAGAUGUGGUGGCUACGAAGCCUGGUAAACUUGAUUCAGCAGUUGUUGAUAAUGGAGACAAUUGGAGUGUGGGGCAGAGGCAGCUUCUUUGUUUGGGUAGGGUAAUGCUAAAGCGCAGCAGGCUUCUGUUUAUGGAUGAGGCAACUGCUUCCAUUGAUUCACAAACUGAUGCUGUUAUACAAAAAAUAAUCCGAGAGGACUUUGCAACCUGUACAAUUAUCAGCAUUGCCCACAGAAUUCCAACAGUUAUGGACUGUGAUAGAGUUUUAGUUAUAGAUGCAGGAUGGGCAAAAGAAUUUGACAAACCAUCUCGCUUGCUCGAGAGGCGGUCACUCUUUGGGGCAUUAGUUCAGGAGUAUGCCAACCGCUCAACUCAGCUGUAAACAAUCAAUCUGGUUUUCUGCUAAUUUUGGAAAUCUUCCCAGUGAUGACCUACUCCUUGAUAAUUUGUACAAUCUUUAUCGAUUUUCGAUAAUUCAGCAUAUCUACAAUACUUUUAUCUUGUAUAUGGUGACAGUCCCUAUUAUUGAAAUUCAAGCUUUUCUCCCACUA